AUGCAAGAGGGAGACAUCCUCGACCGGGGCCAUAACCUCUGGAUUCCCAAAGUCGCAUUGGCCUGCAUAUUCUUCCCUGCGACCCGGAUCUCGGGCGGUCAAGCUCGCGCAUCCAGCACUUUCAUCGUCUCGGGCAGUGGCUAUCUGUUCGUGGACGGUGAGGUCCAGCUAUUAUCAAAGUCGGCGCCUCAACUGCUUCGUUUUCAUCUCUACGUUGAGCUUUGCGAAAAACCGACACACGACGCACACGACGCACACGACGCACACGACAGGCAGAGCCUGAAGGCGAAGAUGGCAGGGGAUCAGUACGAGUUGAACGAGGCCGAUGAAGGGAAAUUCGGGAUCUCAGAGCACGCAAACAGCAUCUCUCUUGAAGACGAACCGCGCAAGAAUUCAGUCGCUACCUUUAGAACUCGCUUCAUCGACAGCUUUAGACGAGAUCCAAAUGCAUACUUUUCAAGACCAGCGGGUUCAGAGGGCGGGUUUGAUGCAGAACAGGCCGCCGCUGCCACUGCUGCAUCGCCCUUGAGACGGGCGUUGAAGUCUAGACAUCUUCAGAUGAUCGCAAUAGGAGGAUCUAUCGGAACUGGUCUGUUUGUCGGCUCCGGAAAGGCUCUCGCGACUGGCGGGCCUGCAUCGGUGGUGAUAUCCUUCUUCCUCGUCGGAAUAAUGCUCUACGCAACCAUACACGCUCUCGGUGAACUCGCUGUCUGUUUCCCCGUCGCCGGUUCCUUCUCGCACUACUCUACUCGUUUUAUCGAUCCUGCUUGGGGGUUCGCCAUGGGAUGGAAUUACGCUAUCAUGUGGUUGACAUUACUCCCGCUCGAAAUCGUCUCUGCGGCAAUCACUGUUGGAUACUGGCAUUCCGGCAUAUCUCCUGCUGCCUGGGUCGCUAUCUUCUACACCCUCAUCGUCUGCAUCAACAUGUUCGGAGUAAGAGGAUACGGCGAGGCGGAGUUUGUAUUCUCUAUAAUAAAGGUCGUUGCGAUCAUUGGAUUCAUAAUUCUCGGAAUCACCAUCAAUUGUGGUGGUGGCCCGAACGGAGAGUACAUUGGAGGAAAGUUCUGGAGAGAACCCGGUGCUUUCAACAAUGGAUUCAAAGGCCUGUGCAGCGUCUUUGUUACAGCAGCCUUCACCUUUGGCGGAGGAGAGCUCGUUGGCCUGGCAGCCGCAGAGACAAGCAACCCGCGCAAGUCUAUCCCAACCGCAGUGAAGCAGGUCUUCUGGCGUAUUGUUUUGUUCUAUAUCGUCUCAAUGACCAUUGUUGGCCUCCUCGUACCAUAUACUGACCCACGGUUGCUCAACGGGUCUGGGAGCUCCGAUAUCAAAGCCUCCCCAUUUGUCAUUGCCAUCCAGGAUGCAGGCAUCAUUGGUCUCGACUCCGUUAUGAAUGUCGUUAUCAUGAUCUCAGUGCUGUCCGUUGGCAACGCCGCCAUUUAUGGCUCUUCUCGAACCCUUGCCGCCCUAGCGGAGCAACGGCAAGCUCCAAGGUUCCUCUCAUAUAUUGACCGUAAAGGUCGCCCAUUACUCGCCAUCAUUGCUGCCUCAACUUGCGGACUGCUUGGAUUCCUAGCUGCCUCCGACAAGCAGCAAGACGCAUUCACAUGGAUGUUGGCUAUAUCUGGACUUUCCUCCAUCUUCACAUGGGGUUCUAUUUGUUUAGCACACAUCCGAUUCCGUCAAGGUCUCAAGGCGCAAGGACGAAGCGUCGAAGACCUUCCAUUCCAAGCUCAGGGAGGAAUAAUUGGUUCCUGCAUUGGCUUUUCCAUCAACUGUAUAGUCCUAAUAGCUCAGUUCUGGACUGGAUUCGCACCUAUUGGCUACGCUGAGAUGUCGAAUGCUGCACGCGUGAAAAACUGGUUCUCAACCUACCUCGCCGCACCCGUUGUAAUAACAUUUUACAUCGUCUAUAAGGUGUGGCACCGUACAUCCAUUGUCCGCGCAAAGGAUAUGGAUCUAGUCACUGGCCGUCGCGAUCUCAACCUGGCUCAUCUGAUAGCGGAAGAGAGGGCCGAAAGGCUUUCCUGGCCGACGUGGAAAAAGGUUUACAAGUUUUUCUGUUAA